GUAUAUAUUCACUUCCUGUAUGAAGCAGAUCAUAUGAUGUCCAUAGUUUUGUUUCGUGAGCGUGUACGAGUUAGUAUAUGCUUGCUUGUACAAUAUCAGCAAUAAAAUACUUGUUCAUGUGGCUGUUCUGCGGAUAAUUCGAAAUCAAGUGAGGUGUACGAUUUUCUCAUUGUACUUUUGUCGAUAAAAAUAAAAUACUUUUUUCUUAUGAGCAGGAUGAGGAUGAUCAGUACAAUGCUGGGUAUGAUGUGGGCUCAUUUCCCAAAGAUUUUGGGUAUGGUCCUUUUGAUCAAGAUGGAGAUGGACCUCCAGGUCCACUGACUGGCGAACAGAAGCCAAGGAUUCUUCUUAUGGGACUCAGAAGAAGUGGAAAAUCUUCAAUCCAGAAAGUGGUGUUCCACAAAAUGUCACCAAAUGAAACAUUGUUCUUGGAAAGCACCAAUAAAAUCAUCAAAGAUGACAUCUCCAACUCUAGCUUUGUCCAGUUCCAGAUAUGGGAUUUUCCAGGACAGAUUGAUUUCUUUGAUCCAACCUUUGACUCUGAUAUGAUCUUCGGAGGAUGUGGAGCCUUAGUAUUCGUCAUCGAUGCUCAGGAUGAUUAUAUGGAGGCAUUAAACAAACUUCAUCUCACAGUAACAAAAGCUUUCAAGGUUAACCAGGGUAUUAGGUUUGAAGUAUUUAUCCACAAAGUUGAUGGUCUGUCAGACGAUUACAAGAUGGAAACGCAAAGGGAUAUCCAUCAACGAGCGAACGAUGAUCUGGCAGAUUCCGGUUAUGACCAGAUUCACUUAAGCUUCCACUUAACAUCAAUAUAUGACCACAGUAUCUUUGAAGCAUUCAGUAAAGUGGUGCAGAAGUUGAUUCCGCAGUUACCUACGCUAGAGAAUCUGCUCAAUAUUUUGAUAUCGAAUUCAGCUAUAGAGAAGGCGUUUUUGUUCGAUGUAGUGUCAAAAAUCUACAUCGCAACGGACUCGUCGCCUGUUGACAUGCAGAGUUACGAGCUGUGUUGUGACAUGAUUGAUGUAGUAAUAGAUGUAUCUUGUAUAUAUGGUCUUCGGGAAGACACGGAGGCAGCAGCAUUUGAUUCUCAGAGUUCAAGUCUGAUAAAAUUGAACAAUGGCACCAUAUUGUACCUUCGAGAAGUAAACAAGUUCCUAGCAUUAGUUUGUAUUCUCCGAGAAGACAACUUUGACAGGCAAGGUAUCAUCGAUUACAACUUCCUCUGCUUCCGCGAAGCCAUUCAGCAAGUGUUUGAACUCCGUAAUAAGAACCAAGUGCUCGUAGCACUUAACACGAAUCAUCAUUCGAACAUUUUAAAUAGCCACAAUGCCACUGUGAACUCAGAUACGCAGAGUGCAACGUUAAACUCUACGGCCAUUCAGAGUUGAAGGUACGAGGAUGAACCCGUUACAUUGUUGUUAUUAGCGGAGCAGUGAAAAUGGAUGUUGUUCACAGGCUCCGGGAUGGUUAAUUGCAAGUACAAGUUUCUGUUGAAGGCGUUGGACUGUAAAAUUCCAGUGUUGGGACGAAUAAUUUUGUUUUGAUUGCCAUUAAAAGUUUGCUCUGAUCUCACAUUUGGUAAUGAUGCAAAAUUGUUUCGGUAAUUUGAAUUUUAAAUGUACUUAAUGCUAUACUUUCAUAUUCCUUCGGCUAUUUUUUGCGUUACGUCGGACCUGCUCUCAGAUGGUAUAACUUGCACUUGCGGGGGUGAGAGAAAUCCUGACGUUUGUAUUAGCCGCUUGUUUUCUCUGUGGGAGAUAUCGUUGUGUAUAUUUGGGCUUCCAUAACCAUUAUAUUUUGAAAUGUGGGAUCGUGUUUUGCAGUGAGGCGUUAAAUUUUCAGUGUUUGCCCGUGCUUGGAAGACGAUAUUUUGAAUUCCAAGUUGACGAUGUUAAAGGCGAAUGCAAGUGUGAAGGUGGCACGUUAAGUUACUGUGCGUUUCCCACAGUCUGUCACAAAAUUGUUUUUCAGUGUCAUGAUUCCUGUUUCCAGGUCAAGAUUGAAGAUCGUCUUCAUUUUAUUCUAUAAACUUGUACAGUUAAAUGGCCGCUCCGUGACGGCUGUUCUUUGAUUAAACCUUGAAAGAUUCA